AUGGUCAAGAAUAUCUCGUUGAACGAGCCUGACCCUACUCACAUGGUGGAUUACCGCAAACCAAUAUCGGGGGAUAAAUCAGCAGAAACACCGAGUUUUCGUUCGACGGGAUAUAGUGCCUCUUCGUCCGAUGGCAUGGCAAGUGGAUCCGUGUCCACGCCUGCACCACCAGCGUUUGAAGGCGACUCUUCCUUUGCUACUCAGACUGUAAUGGCUGGCGAGCUCAUUGCGAAACAAGGCCAAAAAUCUAAUGAGAUCCUAGACGCACUAAGUUCGCUAAAAGAAUUGAUGAAUACUUCAUCAGUGGGCGGCUUUUCGAAUGGGUUCGAUGAUUUGUAUUUCGAUCAAGACGAGAGGCCUAAGAGUCUCCCGGAAAUGGAACUGCUCCCAGCACAAUUCGUGAUAUCGGUUUUAAGAAAAUUAAAAGAAUACCCAUCCGUCCACUAUCUCGCAUACGCUAUGCGCGACCAGAUGGCCCUUGAGAAGAUCUGCCAGGCCGUCUACUUCCCGACCGAGCCUGUCUCACUUGGCCAGCUAACAACUAUGCAUGGUCUUCUAUUGUUUCUGCUCGAAGAAUAUAUCGCUCUCAAUGACCCCAUAUUAAGUGGCUGGGAUUCAUCUAAAUUUCUGAGACUUUGUGAAAAAAACCUACAUAUUGGCUGCCAGAAUUAUGAAAUUCUUGCAGUUCCUCAUGUCGAUAAUGUAAAAGCAUUGACACUCGGGGUUGUAUUUGCACAACUGUCUUCGAAGCCCCUCCUGGCAUGGACUUUGUGCUCUGCCGCUGCCCGACAUGUAUUCACCCUCGGAUACCAUCGCGAACGAUCGUUGAAGAGCGAUCCUCAAAACAUCGCUGACGAAAAGCGUCACCUUUUCUGGUCCUUGUACGGCGUAGACAAGAACCUUUCUUUAACCCUUGGCCGCGCUUCCAAUUUUCAGGACUUCGACAUCGACACCGAAUACUUCACCGUCUCUAGCGUCGAGGGUAUCGCACCAUGGGAUCACGCUUCAAUAGCUUUCGUCUCUUUGAGUCGUCUCCAAGGCAUGGUUUACGACCAACUGUACUCUGCGACGGCAUUGAAGAAAUCACAAGCUGAGCGGCACGCUCUGAUCGGCAACCUCGAUGCACAACUGAGACCUUGGCUCGAGCGAUGGCGAGAAGUCAUGUCCACUAUUGAAACCGCCUACUACUCCGAAUACUUCGAUCUAUUUUUCGGUCCCACGGAUAUAAUCUACUAUUCGGUUCAAACGACACUUCACCGUGCCGCCUCGAUGGGCGAGGGUGUACAUACCACGGAGAUUACAGCAGCGUGUUUCGAAGCUGCAACCAUGGGACUCCAUUGCCAUCUUAAAUUCCUCCCCAUCUUCAAGAAGAAGAUUGGAUCCAAUAAUAUGGACGCCUAUGUCUCCUGGGUUUUGUUAUAUACCUCAUUUACACCGCUUAUUGUCGUUUUCCUACAUUCUGUAGCUUCAAACGACCCCUCCGACGUAAAACUCCUCCACGAUUUCCUUGAUUCAAUCGAAACUAUUGCGCAUGUGACAAAGGACUCUGCUCGUCUUUUUGAAGUCACAAAAGUGUUUUGCCGUGUUGCCAAAGCACUUGUGGAUUCACAGAAUCACAAUCCUUUGGGGACUUAUUCACACCAGUCGAAUACACUACUUCUCCCACAAGAUCACAAUAUUGUGAAUAUUGCUGAGGGCAGAGGGGUUGAGCAACUACCAGAUAUCUUUAUGCAAGAUUUCGAAGGUGGAGGGUGGACUGAAGGAGAUGUGGAAGCUAUGAGUACUUUCUUUGGAAAUUGGAUGGGUAGUUCGGGGCCCAUUGUUGAUAUGUUGAAUUUGGAUUUCAGCAGCUGCUUCUAA